GUUGAUGUCUAAGAAGAUCAUAUUCAACAAUUUUUUUAAUAUGUUGUUUUUUUAUGGUAAUUAAUUGAUGUCUUGUAAUUUUUAAUAUUUAAUGAAAAAUAUUAUUUUAAUUCAUCUAGAGCUCUUAAUUCAUGAAAACCUCAUUAAUGUAAUGGUGAGUAAUAGCUGGCUGUAAGUUUGGAGUCAAAGACAUACCAAGGAGAUGAUUAGUUACAUGUCUUAUUCUCUUUUGUAGGCUUCUGCCAAUUGAAUAAGCUUCAAGAGUUAGAUAUUUCUUACAACUUAUUCCAAGGGAUCCUUCCUCCAUGUUUGAAUAAUUUGACAUCUCUGAGGUUAUUGGAUCUCUCUGCCAACCUAUUCUCCGGAAAUCUUUCUUCUCCUUUAUUACCUAAUCUCACAUCCCUGGAGUACAUCAAUCUCAGUUACAAUCAGUUUGAGGGUUCAUUCUCUUUCAGCUCUUUUGCUAAUCACUCCAAGCUUCAAGUGGUCAUACUUGGAAGGUAUAACAACAUAUUUGAGGAAGUUGGAGGGGAUAACAACAAAUUUGAGGUAGAAACUGAAUAUCCAGUUGGUUGGGUUCCCCUGUUUCAGUUGAAGGCUCUUUUUCUAUCCAGCUGUAAGCUCACCGGUGACCUUCUUGGUUUUCUUCAAUACCAAUUCAGGUUAGUGGGGGUUGAUCUCUCACAUAAUAACUUGACAGGAAGUUUUCCUAAUUGGCUGCUUGAAAACAAUACGAGACUAAAAUCUCUAGUUCUGAGGAAUAACUCUUUAAUGGGUCAAUUACUUCCCUUGGGACGUAAUACCCGUAUUGAUUCAUUGGAUAUCUCACACAAUCAGUUGGAUGGACAACUUCAAGAAAAUGUGGCCCAUAUGAUUCCAAAUAUUAUCUCUCUAAAUUUAUCCAACAAUGGUUUUGAAGGUAUUCUCCCAUCCUCAAUAGCUGAACUAAGAGCCUUACGGAGUUUGGAUUUGUCUACCAAUAAUUUCUCUGGAGAAGUACCAAAGCAAUUGCUUGCAGCAAAAGAUUUGGAGAUUCUGAAAUUAUCAAAUAAUAAAUUUCAUGGUGAAAUAUUUUCAAGGGACUUUAACUUGACUUGGUUGGAGUAUUUGUAUUUGGGCAAUAAUCAGUUCACGGGAACUCUGUCAAAUGUAAUCUGCAGAAGCUUUAGGUUGAAAGUGUUGGAUGUGAGCAACAACUACAUGUCAGGUGAAAUUCCAAGCCAGAUAGGUAACAUGACCGAUUUGACUACACUGGUGUUGGGCAAUAAUAAUUUUAAAGGCAAAUUACCACCUGAGAUUUCUCAAUUGCAACGGAUGGAGUUUCUUGACGUUUCUCAAAAUGCUCUUUCAGGAUCUCUUCCUUCUUUGAAGAGCAUGGAGUAUUUAGAGCAUCUACAUUUGCAAGGGAACAUGUUUACAGGAUUAAUACCCAGAGAUUUUCUCAAUUCCUCAAAUCUAUUGACUUUGGAUAUUAGAGAAAACAGGUUAUUUGGAAGUAUUCCCAAUUCAAUCUCUGCACUUUUGAAGCUAAGGAUUCUUUUGCUGGGAGGAAACCUUUUAAGUGGUUUUAUUCCAAAUCAUCUUUGUCAUUUGACUAAAAUAAGCUUGAUGGAUCUUUCAAACAACUCUUUUUCAGGGCCAAUUCCCAAAUGCUUUGGCCAUAUCCGAUUUGGGGAGAUGAAAAAAGAGGACAACGUGUUUGAACAGUUCAUUGAAUCUGGGUAUGGAUUUAAUUCUCAUAUUGUAUAUGCAGGUUACUUGGUGAAAUAUUACGAUUCCCCAACUUUAGUAUAUAAUGAAAAAGAUGAAGUUGAGUUUGUCACCAAGAACAGGCGUGACUCCUACAAAGGUGGCAUCCUUGAAUUCAUGUCUGGAUUGGAUUUAUCAUGUAACAACUUGACAGGUGAAAUACCUCAUGAACUUGGAAUGCUAAGUUGGAUUCAUGCAUUGAACUUGUCUCACAAUCAAUUGAAUGGCUCCAUUCCAAAGGGUUUCUCCAAUCUUUCUCAAAUAGAGAGCUUAGACCUUUCUUAUAAUAAAUUGAGUGGAGAAAUUCCUCUAGAGCUUGUUGAACUCAAUUUUUUAGAGGUGUUUAGUGUGGCUUACAACAACUUCUCUGGUAGAGUUCCAGAUACCAAAGCACAAUUUGGGACAUUUGAUGAAAGGAGCUAUGAAGGUAAUCCUUUCCUUUGUGGGGAACUAUUAAAGAGGAAAUGCAACACAAGUAUUGAGUCACCAUGCGCACCAUCACAGUCUUUUGAAAGUGAGGCAAAAUGGUAUGAUAUCAAUCAUGUUGUUUUCUUUGCAAGUUUUACUACUUCAUAUAUCAUGAUCUUGUUAGGAUUUGUUACCAUCCUUUACAUCAAUCCUUAUUGGCGUCAUAGAUGGUUCAAUUUUAUCGAGGAAUGUAUAUAUUCCUGCUAUUAUUUUGUUUUUGAUAGUCUUUCCAAGUUAUCAGCAUAUUUGUAUAAUUAGAUACUUUUAAUUGGAUGAUGUUUGCAUAAUUAACUACUAUUUGUUUCCAUGGGAUAGAAAAAAAUGGGAUGUAUAAUGC